AUGAAGGUCCUAAAGAAGAGAGAUAAGUUCUUGUCCAACUACGAAGUUCUGGAACAUUUGAAGGAGCUUAAGUCGUUAUACAACUGGACUUUUGAGGAUGAGAAUCAAAGCAUGAAAAAACAAAAGAAGAGAUCGUUGGCAUGUGGAAUAGAGUUAGAAGUGGUAACGAAACAAAUUUUAUCAUACCUCGAUAAAACGCCAUGCUCAGCUAUACAAUCAAAUGAGAGUUUCAAGGAGCUACUUUUGUUUUUAAACAAAUUCGACUUAAUGAAAGUUGAAAAAUUACAGAUUGUCAAUUCUUUACCCAGAUCCAUGGUCAACUUGUAUGCGAUAGUAGAAGAAUGUGAUCAAAGAUUUGAUGAAGAUACGUGUGACAGCAUUUUGGAGACUAUCAAUAGGCUUUUUCCGGUGGAAGAAAAUGCUGAAGCGAAUGAAGAAAAGACGAAUGGCAUAGAAGAAGAUCAAGAAGAUGAAGAAGAAGAAGAAGAAGUAGAAGGUUAA